AUGGACAAGAAAUUCAUCUUUAAUUAUCCAGAAGAUGAUAGUGAGGAAGAGCAAAAUGAUGAAGAUGAAAUGGAGAAAGAACAGUACAAUGUACCACAAUCAUACAAUAAUGCUGACGAUGAAACGGAGAAACAGCUAUUCGCAGAUGAUGAUGAAGAUUACAUUGCAGAUAGUGACUCCAGUCAGGAAACAGACAGUAUGGAAGAUGAUACAGACUUGGAAGAUGAUGAAUUUCAUGAAAGGUCCAAGAAAAUCUCAAAAGAUCUCAAUGUUUCCAAGAGGACAGGAUCAUCCAAGAAAUUCUCUGAUCUCCAUGUUUCAAAAAGGCCAGUUGAGGAUGACAAUGAAAGUGCAACAAUACCUGUGCCCCCACAUCAGAUACUGUUUGUGUUUAAUCCACUCACUCUUUGGAAGAUAGCAAGGCACCUUGAAACAGUGCAUAGUGAUGAAGAAGAUGUUGCAAGAGCUCUUGCCUUACCAAAACAUUCAGGAGAAAGGAAAGAUGCAUGGGCACAGAUUCGAAAUGAAGGAAACUGGGAGCACAAUUUUGAAGUUCUCGAAUCAGGGAAAGGAACUCUUAUUCCUAAAUACAGAGAAAAAGAAGAUGCUAAGCCUAUCUCAAAAUAUAUCCCAUGCACAGGGUGUAAAGCAUUAUUUUCUAAGAAAUCUUUGCAUGAACAUAGGAAAUUAUGCAAAGCAAAUUCAUCCAACAAACGAGGCCAAGGAGUAAAAGAAGGAAAGAUGCUGUUGCCUCUGCCAAAAAAUGUAGGUGAAAGAUUUUACAAGAGGGUCAUACAGUCCAUGGUUAAUGAUGACGUGUUCUCUGUUGUUACCAGUGACUCAUUGAUAAUGAAUUUUGGAAAGAGGCUAUUUGACAACAAAGACAUUCAAGAGCACACGCCUAAUCAUAUAAGUGGCAGAAUGAGGGAGUUAGGCAGACUUGUCUUGGAAACCAGAAAACUUCCUUCACCCAUCUUCAGUUUGGAAGAUUGUCUGAAUCCUCUCAAUUUUUAUACCAUUGUUUCUUGUGUGAAAUCUCUAGCAGGAUUUAAUGAGGAUACCCAUUUCUACACCACACCCUCAUUAACUUUGAAGGUAGGAUACAGCCCUCAACGGUGUGCUAAAAUUCUGGAGUCUAAUGGUAUUACAGAAAAAAAUCAGAGUAAGAAAGAAAAUGGUGAAAAUUUUCUUAAGCUGUACUCCUCCAAUUGGAAUGAUUUGAUUUCUUCGCGUGCCAGGCAGACACAAGAAGAAAAGAAGUACAAUGCACCGAAAAUGCUGCCUCUGAGUCAAGAUGUUUACAUGUUGACUGGAUUCUUGAAAUCAAAGAUGAGGACCAUGAUGCAGCACCUCGUAGAUGAUAUUUCCAUCUAUUUUGAGCUGUUAAAAUUAACUCUUUGCCUGGUUACACUAUUUAAUAGGAAACGUGGUGGAGAUGUCCAAAGAAUUACCGUAGCAACCUAUAAACAUGCGCUGAAGAUGCAGAACAGCUUGCUAUUUGACAAUGAGGUCAGGUCAAGUCUUUCUACACUUGAAAGAGCACUUAGUUCAUCAAUGACUCGCACUGAAAUGAAAGGAAAGCAAGAGAGAAAGGUUGCAAUCAUUUUAACAAAGGAUAUGCUUUCAAGUAUCAACCUUCUGUUAGAGAAGAGGGAGGAGGCAAGUGUUGUUGGAAAAUAUGUAUUUUCCAGGAAAUCACCUUCCACAAGGACAUACAGAGCAAGAGAUGUAUUGCGAGAAAUGUGUUUGAAGGUCAAUCUCAAGUAUGCAGACCUGAUCACGUAUACAAAUUUGCGAAAACAUAUUGCCACUAUGGCCCAGGUACAUGAACUGAGCGAAAAUGGACAGGACCAGCUAGCCAAGUUUUUGGGUCAUGAUAUACGCAUACACAGAGAAGUAUACAGACAGCCUCUGGACUUGGUCCAAAAAACAAAAAUUACCAAGAUGUUACUUAGAGUAAAUGAAGGGCUAGAUAUAGAGAAAAUGACUUUCAAUGAGGCAGAGAUCGAGAUUGAAAAUGACCAGGAUAGGGGAGAUGAUGAUAAUGACAGUAUUUCUGAAGAUGACAGUGCUACUGAAGAGUCUGAUGCAUAUCCUGUUGAAGUUCCAAAGGCCAUAUCUUUGCGAAAGAAAACAUCAGAAAAGCAUAUAAGAGUACGACGGAGUGAGUCCAAACCUGUUGUUAAUCGCAGGCCAUGGUCAGAGCAGGAGAAAGAGGCCAUAAACAGAGAAUUUGGACACUUCAUUCAGAUGCUAAAUGUGCCAGGAAAGGGAGAUAUAGACCUAGUUCUCAAAAAAGAAAAAUGUUUGUCAAAGCAAACAUGGAGGAAUGUUAAGGACGCUGUGCACAACAUCAUCAUGAAAAAGAAAAAGUGUUGA